UUCACUCCGCUCAAUGUCUACUCUACACUCGCCACUGCCCACACCGCACAACUGAUUCACAGGCCUUCGUCUCCAUCCUCUCUCAUCCAUGGCGGUCCUCCUCCUCCUCCUCCACAUCCUCGCCCUCUUCGCCACCUCCACUGCCGUCGACCACCGUCCACGUUUCACAGAUCCAUCACACUCCUCCCUCUCUCUCGUCCCACCCCAGGUCACCCAGGCCUGCAGGGCCACCAGAUUCCAAGACCUCUGCGUCUCCUCCCUCUCUCGCUCCAAGCUCGCCUCCCCUCCCCUCUCCGUCAUCCUCGCCGCCGUCGCCGUCUCCUCCGACGGCCUCAACACCGCCCAGUCCAUGGUCAAGUCCGUCCUCGCCUCGUCCUCCGGCCACCGCAGCCUCAACCUCACCGUCCACUCCAAGAACUGCCUCCAGAUCCUCCCCCUGUCGCAGCACCGGAUGGGGUUGACGGUGGCGGUGCUGCCGCGCGGCAGGAUCAAGGACUCCCGCGCGUACAUGAGCGCGGCCCUGGAGUACCAGUACGACUGCUGGUCGGAGCUGAGCUACUCGAACGAAACGAAGAUGGUGGACCAGACGAUGUCGUACCUGAACACCCUCAUGUCGCUCACCAGCAACGCCCUGAGCAUGAUCGUCGCGUACGACGUUCGAGGGACCGCGAUGGGCUCCUGGAGCCCGCCCGCCACCGAGCGGGCCGGGUUCUGGGAAUCCCGCCCCGGCCGAGGGCCCGCCUCGGGGUUCCCCGGCGGGGUGCCGCUGGGGCUGGCGGCGGACGCGACGGUGUGCAAGGGCGGCGGCCGGGGGUGUCACCGGACGGUGCAGGAGGCCGUGAACGCGGCGCCGAACAACGGCGAGAGAGGGAGGAGGUUCGUGAUCCACAUAGAGGAAGGUGUGUACGAGGAGAUCGUGAGGGUCCCGUUGGAGAAGAAGAACGUGGUGUUCGUCGGCGACGGCGUGGGCAAGACGGUAAUUACAGGGUCUCUGAACGCGGCGAUGCCUGGAAUCUUCACCUACAAUACGGCUACUGUUGGUGUAUUCGGUGACGGGUUCAUGGCCCGUGGAAUCACGUUCCAGAACACGGCCGGUCCGGACGUCCACCAAGCCGUGGCCUUCAGAUCGGACAGCGACCUGUCGGUGGUCGAGGACUGCGAGUUCUUGGGCAAUCAGGACACCCUCUACGCCCACUCUCUCCGCCAGUUCUACAAGUCUUGCCGCAUCGAGGGCAACGUGGACUUCAUCUUCGGGAACGCCGCCGCGGUGUUCCAGGACUGCACGAUCCUGGUGCGGCCCCGGCAAGUCAACCCCGAGAAGGGCGAGAACAACGCGGUCACGGCCAGCGGGAGGACGGACCCCGCCCAGUCGACGGGCCUCGUUUUCCAUGGCUGCUCGAUCAACGGCACCGAGAGGUACAUGGAGCUGUACCGCAGCAAUCCUAAAGUGCACAAGAACUUCUUGGGCAGGCCGUGGAAGGAGUACUCCAGGACGGUGUUCAUCCAAUGUCGUAUGGAAGAGCUCAUAACCCGGGAGGGAUGGAUGCCUUUCAGGCAGGAUUUCGCCCUGAAGACGCUUUACUACGGGGAGUAUGGGAAUUCAGGACCCGGGUCGGACCUGUCGGGGAGAGUUUCCUGGAGCAGCCGCAUCCCGGCGGAGCAUUUGAAUGAGUACUCCGUGCAGAACUUCAUCCAGGGCACCGACUGGAUUCCGCCGUCGUCGUCGUCCCCUUCUUAACUGUGAAUCGAAAUUACGUCGGGGACGAUGGAAUAGACGUGGUUGUGUUUGUAGUAAGAAUCUCGGCAUGAGCUUGUAGGAGGUUUGUAAUGUGAGAUAUAGUAGGGCG